UAAAGAAAUGGCAUUUACCAUUGCAUUCUGGGUAAUAGUAAUAGUUUAAUAGUUUUUCUGUUGGUGUACUGUCGUUGAGUUUAUUCGUUUAGUCACUUCAAUUAGCUCAUUUGGGGUUGUCUCAGACACACAAACACACAUAAACAAGGGUGUCCAAAUACUUUUGGACGUGUAGUGUACAUUUUAAAGAGUUUCAGCUGAAUUUUGGGAAGUUAAAUUUCUUUAAUAUAAUAAAAUAGGUAAAUUUGACAUGAAAAUUGACUUUUAGUUUAACUCCAUUCAUUCACACACACACACACACAGAGUAGAAAUCUUGAAACGUUGCAGAAUUCUGAAUGUAGCUUUGAUGUGGAGUGUUCACAACAGAACACGUCAGAAUAUUUUGAGCUGAUCUUAAAAAUAUCAGAUCAGAUCGAUCACACUCAAGACAACACAGGUCACAACCGUUGGUUCAGCUUCGUUCAUGUCGAGAGAACGCAUUGAAACCGCCUUCAACUUCGAUAUGGAUCGCCACACAGCGCAAGUGUUCAGAUAUCUUCAUCGUUCAGCUCCUGGGAGAAUCGAAAAGAGCUGUGCUGGUGGGAAUCCACCGGAGAGGAGGAUGAAGGUCACUGAUCCCAGCUCCGAACGAGGAGACGACUUGAAAAGAAAAGUCUCUGAAGACGAUCGAGACACCAGGAAGAGUCAGAGGACACCUGACUCAGGGGGUGCUAAGGGAAAAACAUCUGACAAUGAAGACAGUCCAAGAAGAAGAUCGCGAGAACUGGAUCACGGGUGGACUGGGUGGAACUGGGUUGACGGCACCACUUGCACAUCAGAGGAAACCAGCAGACAGGAUUUCCACGCCACAUACGAGCAGCUGCAGCUCCUGGGCGAGGGAGGCUUCGGGUCUGUCUUCGCUGGCACCAGAAGAGAAGAUCAUUUCCCCGUGGCGAUCAAACGCAUCCACAGGGACAGGGUCACCUCGCGAGGCGGUGACGAGCAGACACUCCCUCUUGAGGUGGCGAUCAUGCUGAAAAUGGUCAAGGGAUCAGAGGGGAACUCUGCGCUGCUUGAUUUCUACGAUUUGGACCAGGAGCUCAUCCUGGUCCUGGAACGUCCUGACCCCUGCCAGGACCUCUUGGUCAAUCAAGUUGGAGGUUUCCUGCAGGAAGAGAUGGCCAGUUCCUUGCUGAAGCAGCUGGUGGAGGGAGCCUUGGAGCUCCAGUCGCAGAACAUUUUCCACCGGGACAUCAAGCUGGAGAACAUUCUCAUUGAGACCGGCUCUGAGGUCCCGCAGGUGAGACUGAUCGACUUCGGCCUCAGCUGCUUCACCGAGAGGAACGCCUCGUACAGGCUCUUCUCUGGCACCGAAAACCACAUCCCGCCAGAGUGGUACGACCGCUCGACCUACACGGCCAGUCCCACGACGGUGUGGCAGGUGGGAAUAGUCCUUUAUGAAAUGCUGUACCAGGACGCCACAUUCGAAACAAAAAGUUUCCUGGGCGGUGAACUCCCCAUCUGUGAGGACCUGUCUCCAAGCUGUCAGGACAUUUUAACUCUUUGUCUGGCUGAGGAACCUGAGCAGCGACCAUCUCUGAAGCAGCUCCUCCGUCACUCAUGGCUCGCUUAGCACCUCUCCGUGAUGCUGAUCCUGCAUACAAGCCCCUGCUGAUCAGGUAAAAAACCUACAGUGACGCAGCGGAGCUGUGGAAGCAUUACAGGACUGCUUCGAGUGCACAGACCGGGACACAUUGUCUCUACGUUGUACCACACACCCACAAACACCCACUCAGGACUGCUUCACUUGAUCGUGCAAUGAAAAAAAAUACACAAGUGCAGUAUGUUGUAUACUUUAUAUAGUCACUAUGUUUGCACCUUUUAUUCAUUUAUUCAUUUUUAUGUGAACGUAUGCUGCUGUUUUUUUUCAUGUUGAGCCAUCUGCAACGACAUUUUGUUACGAUUGCACUGUAAGGUGAAAUUUGAUCUUAGAAAUUUGGUCUUAGUCUUAAACCAGCUCCUCGACCUCUGGGCUGUCGAUCAUGUAAGCUGUAUACAUGUGUACAGGACGCUACAGUGUGAAACUGUGAGGAAGCCGUGUCAUGAAUUUCUGAUGGAUCAAGAAAAAGGUCAAAGUUACCUUGUUCUCCGGAAGUAGCGUACGUGUUUCUACCGGUCACGCUUCCUUCUGGGCACCGGGCACAUAACAGGCCACACGGGGGGGUUAAAAAUUCAUCAUGUUGUCUUUAAUUUUACAGUCACAAUCAUAUGUUUUCUUUCCAGUGUCUUAAAACCAUAAAAAAUAAAUAUACAUUAUGUUACAAAACAUUUCCAGUGUCUCGGAUCAAUUAAAAAAAAAACAAAAAAAAAACAAAAAACAAGGACAU